AUUUUCCCUCCAAAGAAGUUCGGACUAAAGGACUAACUUGAAAGCUUGAAAUUAUAUAUUGUAAAGUAGUUGAACGGUUCGAGAAAUGACCUUCUAUUAACUUAUAACAAAGGAUAUCCAGAAAAUCAAGGAAGAAAAUGGCAGAAAACCUUAAGAUGUCUGUUUCGAAAACGGUGGAAGCCUUGGAAACAUUUUAUCAUGGAUCAAAUCCGACAGCAAGGGAAGCUGCACAUAAGUGUUUGCUUGAAGUACAGCAGUCCAAAGAAGCAUGGCAAAUAUGCUGGAAGCUGUUAGGGUUAACAGAGAACGUAGAAAGCCAAUACUUUGGAGCCAGCAUGCUUCAUUAUAAAAUAUCAAAAUUUUGGAAAGAGUUGUCUGAAGAUGAUUACAUACCUCUAAAAGAUGAAAUUAUAAAGUAUAUUUGUUUGUUUGCCAGUGGCACAAAAAUGGUUUUUUCAAAGCUCUGUGCUGUUUUAGCUGCUUACAUUUUGCAUGUGGUACCUGAACCAUUGCCAAAUGGUUGCGAAGAAAGCAUAAAUGACUUGCAAAAAAAACUGGCAAUGUCAUCUAGUGAUGUGCACCCAGUUGUGUUGGAAUAUUUAACAGUUUUGCCUGAAGAAUUUUCAACAUCAGCGAUAAAUGGGUUUCAAAGAACAGCUGUUAGGCAGCAACUUAAUGAUUUAAUUCCUAAGGUAUUGCAAAUGCUGAAAGGGAUAUUUGAAUCACGUAAUUUGGUCACAUUUCAUUCAGCAGCUGUGAAAUGUUUGCACCCUUGGGUCCAGUUUGGGGCAUCAAUUGCAGAUUGCCAAAGCUUGAUACCAAGUCUUUUGAACAUGUUAAAUGAUGAAAAUCAUAUUGAAGAAUCAUCAUCUGUUCUUGUUGAAUUGCUUAGUCACCCAACAAGCUUUAAACAAGAGAACAGUGUAUAUGCUUUUCUAGAAAAUUUGGAUGGAUUUGAAAAUCUACUUAUGAAAGCCCUAACAGAAAAUGAUCUGGAUAAUGCUAAGAGUAUUUGCAAAAUCCUGACAUCUGUUGGUGAAACUCAUGCAAAUCUUUUGAGACAAGCAGCUACAGAUGAUCAACAGAAGCACUGCCUUCAACUUGUACACCUCAUUUUGAAAUGCACUGGUAUUGUUGGAAAUUAUCCUGUUGAUGAAACCUGCAGUGAACUUACAUUCACAUUUUGGUAUACUUUUCAGGAUGAGCUACUCACAAUUAACUCUGAUACCAUCACUAAUUACCAUUUCUGUCUAAGAGAAGCUUUUGUAGCUCUUAUUCAAAUUUUAUUUCAAAAAGUGCAGUUUCCUGAUGAAAAUAUAUAUGAAAGCUUCACAUCUGAUGAAAAAGAAAUGCUACGCUGUUAUCGACAGGAUAUUCAAGAUACAGUUACCUACAUUUGCAGCCUACUGAGAGAACGAUGUUUACAAAGUCUAACAGAGCUAUUAAAAUACCUUCUAUCAGGUGAAAAGUCAGUCAGGUGGCAAGAAGUAGAAGCUGUUCUGUAUUUGUUUCAAGGAACAUCAGAAUAUACAGACAGUGAUGACCCAAUGUACUUGCAAACAGUCAUUUCAUUGCUUCCUUUGCUUCCCACGCAUCCUAAAGUUCUAGAAUCUGCAGUCUACAUGAUUGGCUCAUUCUCUGAAUGGUUAUCCUCGCAUCCAGAUCAGCUGAGUUUCAUUCUCCCCAUUUUGCAGAAUGGAAUUUCUGAAAACCAACUAAGUACAGCCUGUACUUUGUCACUUAGGGACAUUUGUAGAGAAAGUUCUUUUUCAUUCCCACAAAAUGUCAGUCUAGAUAUCGUGAACACUUGCUUGAGCAUUUUGAAAUCAAAAAGACUGAAAGAAAAGGAGCAGAUUAGAUGUAUUGAAUGCAUUGGAUAUGUGUUAGCUGGGCUUCCUGUGAAGUUGAAAGAGGAGCAACAAAACUUGAUGACAUCUUUCUUGCUUGAAAUGUUGCAGUCAGCAAUCAAGUUCUCUUUGAUUGACCCAUCAGCAAAUAAGCUUGUUCAUCAUUGGAUCCAAUGCUACUCAGCUUACUUCAGAUCAUGUGAUUCAGACAAUGAAUCAAGCUCUGGUUAUCAUUCCCUAAUACCUGUGUUUACUGGUUUUAUUCAAGCUAUUCAGUCAAUGCCAGCAGAAUCAAUGUCAGAGAUGCUGGUUCAGGAUGUGAUGAAUGCAGUCAACAAAGCAGUUGACACAAUCAGGGACCCUUUCUAUGCUGUCCUCCCACAAACGUCUCUUGUUAUUUUUGGAAUGUUUGCUGCAGUGCCAACAGCCACUGUUUUGGAGGUCUCAUCAACCAUCAUAGGUAUGUUAGGCAAUGUGAAAGAGGGCAGUGAUAUGCUUCAAUCAUUUUUUCAAAGGCUUGUACAAGAGAGUGUUCUUCUGCUAGAAAGCAAAGUUGCUGGCAAAGACCCUGAUUUGAUUCAAGGCUUCCUUGUCUUGUUGAAUAGGGCGGUGAAGAGUGCUCCAUGUCUAUUAUUCAAAGAUCACCAAAUGCAUGUUAAGGUGAUUCAACAUGCCCUCCAAGCACUGGGUUUCCAAGAGUCACCUACGAUCAAAGCUUCUUGCAAUUUUUUCGUUUCCUACAUAACAGCAGCUGCUUCUGAAAAGUGUGCAACUGAAAUGCUUGAUCUUUUUGGACAGGACCUUGUCAGUCGUGUACUGCUAAGUAUAGCUGGUCAGUCACCUCGUACAUCUGUUGAUUUAUUUGCAGAUAUUUUGCUUGUACUAAAUCGGCAUUUCAUCACAAAGACAUCCCUUUGGUUGCAAUCAUGUCUCAGUCAGGAUGGAUUUCCAUCCCCGAUUGUUGAUUUAUCACAGAAGAAGAAUUUUCAAAAAGCUGUUUUGCGAGAAAAGGUGAAUAAAAGAGCUUUGAAGGAAAUUGUUCGGGAAUUUUCUUUAAUUUGUAGAGGCUUGCAUGGAAUGCCGUAUGUUUCCUAGGUAUGAAUCCAUGCCGGAUGCUUCUUAGGGAUGACAAGUCAACUGAACCAAACAUAAUUUGAAUCAACAAUGAAACCUGCAGUUUGGACAGUGUAAUGGAUAAAUAUGUUUCGUGAUUUCAUGACUGUCAUAUGAUGACAACGCGAUUUUUCAAUAGUUUUAUUUUUAUUUUGUCAAAAACAUGUCUGUAACCCUGCUUCUAGGAUAAUGAAAUUCUAGCCACUUGCAGGAAAUAUUUUUACAGCUACUUAAGAUCUAGAAAAAUUUUCGUAUAUUUAAAUUUUCAAUGCAUGUCUUUUUUUAUCAAUGAUCAAAAAUU